AUGACUGGAAUCAAGCUUGCGGAUGAGUCGAUGGACGAGAUGAGGGACGACCCCAAGUCAUUCAGAGUGGUGCUUUCUGACAUCACAAGCAUGGAUGUCAAGGUCAAGCACAUGAACAUCAUCAGUUUGGCAGAGGGCAAUGCACUCUCGCUUCAAUGCAUGAAAUGGGAGGGCAAGACAGGAAGCGAACGAUUGUUCAAGCUGGCGACGAAUAAGUUUGAGGAUGCGAUUAGAUCAACUCCAGAUAACAAGGAUAUCCUCAAUGAUUACGCUAAUGUGUUGAAGCAGUUGGCACUCAGCGUUGGAAAGGACGACUGUUUGGGAUACUUGGAACGAUCAUAUUCCAACUUCCUUUUGGCCAACAACUACAUGUCGUUGCUACAACUGGGCGAUCUGCUACACUCUUUGUAUCUCAAUGAGCAAGGCAGUUUGUGGACAUCGCGAGACAGUAUCUCAUUGUUGGCUGAGCGCUGCUAUCAAUCCGUUGGCCAAUGGGACUCACAGACCGCCAACAAUGUACUGGCCACCUCAAAGGUCGAGCUAAUCACACGUCGCUCGGCCAUCCCACGUCUGGGCGACGACAUUCGCUGCACUGCAUACCUGCGGCUUGGCUCGCUGUUGAUGACCAAGUCACUCAACUGCAACGACUCAUUCGUGUUUAAUCGUUGCGGUGACUUCUUCAAGGAGGCAUUCAAGAUCAUCAUUCAGGACAGCCACCUAUGGGCCAAGUUCCCUGUGCCCGAGUCCAUACUCUCCCGCCCCAGCGACCAGAUCGCCACAUGGGCACACCUGUUUGUCAAGGCGCCCGAGCUGCACCCCACCACCCAGUCUCUCUCGUUCCCCGAGCUGCUGCCAGUGCCCACCAUCCACAUCAAACACUUUGCCCAGUACAUCCCUGCGGACUUCUACCUCUACCUGGCCAAGACGUACAGCAACCAGGUCUACCACCUCAACCUGAGCCACCAGGCCAGGAUCACAGCCAGUCUGGCGCCUAUGCUCAAGAACAUUGGCGACUCGCUCAGGAAGCUGGACGUGGACCACUGCGACUCGCUGGACAACGAUGCCGUUGAGAAGAUUGCAUCGCAAUGUCCACAUCUCCAGAGCAUCAACAUGGCCAAGACGGGCGCCACCACGCUGGCCAUUGUCGUCCUCCUCAAGCGAUGCAAACGCCUGACUCGCAUUGUGGCCAAGGGUUGCAAGCUUGACGAUCGCGAGAUCAACAACAUGUACAACCCCACCGACAACCUUUCAUUCGGCCUGCAGUGCCUCGAUAUCUCGCACUCGGACAUCAAGUCUGUCACGAUAUUCACACGACUCAUGCCUCACCUGCGUCACUUGUCGAUCGCCAACUGCAGACUGGUCUCGUCGCAUGGCAUCCAAGCACUGGGUUACUGCAAGAAUCUACAGCAUCUCAACAUCGCCGGGUGUCAUCUGAUACAGGAGGAGACGGUGAUGGAGAUUGUGCGCGUGUUGUCCCAGCUAAGACGCCUGGACACAUCCAACUGCCGCAUCUCCCACCUGCCACCCGUGACCAACAACGUCAUACACCACCUCAACGUGGCCAACUGCAAGCUCAAGUUGAUUACACCGCAGCAGUUACACUUCACACGCAUCGUAUCGAUGGACUUCUCAUUCACCUCGCUCACGUUGGACACUGUCAUCAGCAUCCUGUCACAGUGCCACACGUUACAGCGUCUCUUAUUCAACACGGCCACGCCGGCCACCAUUGUCCCCUCGGACCAGCCCCUCAAGCGAUCCAACACAUCAUCUUCGCCUCUUGUGCCUCACACGCCAAAGAUCGACACCAAGACGCUACCCGCGCAGCUCAAGCUCACACAAUUUGAGAUUGCCGGUCUCUCGAUCGCACCCUGCACACUCAAUGACAUACUCAGUCGUUCGCUCAGUCUGUCCAUACUCAAUCUCAGCUUGGUCGAUCAGCUCGACUCGUCCACAUUCACCAUAUUGGCGGAGCACUGCCCCGAGCUAACCAGUAUCAACGUCAGCUAUUGCAAGUCAAUGAGCGAUGCUUGGAUCGAGACACUGGUCACUAGCUGCACCAAGAUCAACACGCUGCAGCUGGCCGGAUGCCACUUGCUCACGGAUAUCUCGAUCGAUCACAUCAGCGCCCGUCUGCACCAUCUCUCUGUGCUUGACUUGAAGAAGUGCCAGCUGAUCUCAGAGCUGUCGUCGCUGCAAACAAAAUGCCCAUUCCUCCAGGACAUCGACCUGUCCAUGUCUGAGAACGUCAGCGACGCGUCCGUGGCCAAGCUGGUGCAGCUACCCUUGCUCAAACGUCUCAACAUUUAUGGCUGCAAGCGUGUCACGGAUGAAUCUCUGCGCACACUCAACGACUCACAGCAGUCGAGUAUGCGAGACCUCGUGCUGGGACUCAACAAGACGUCGGAGACAGCCGUCGAGAACCUGCGAUCCAAUCACUCAGAGAUCAACAUCAUGGCGACGGGCUUCUUGGCCACGGUGCACACCAUCUCGCAGGGCACCAAGAAGACGCUGAUGGCAGACCUCAAGGCUAUCAAGACGAACCCGAUCCCUUUAAUGUCGGCCGAGCCAGUCGACGCCUCAGACUUGCUGACUUGGCACGCAAAUAUCGCCGCGCCUGAUGGGUCACCAUUUGAGGGAGGUAUCUUCCAUCUUGAGCUCAAGUUCCCUCCCACCUACCCAGCAAUCCCGCCCAGCGGCACCCUGCUCACACCUUUCCCGCACCCACACGUACACGACGGUGGACGCAUAUGCCUGGACAUCUUAAGUGACUUCCAGUCGUUCUUCCAGGGACAGGCAACGGGCUGGUCGUCCGCAUACAGUGUGCAGACGAUCCUGCUGCAGAUCCAGACAUUCCUGAUCACCCUCGACGACGAGGACUCUGCCGUGCCACUCAAGGAUUAUCUCGUCAAGAUCCCAGACGCAAUCCAAAACUCCAAAACAUUCAGGUGCCACCUCUGCCCUCACGCACCCGAUGCACCAUGGCCUGAGCUGCCAGACAUGAGCAUUGUGGCCUCGUCCAGUCUCAAGACGUCCUACAGCUCAUCUCAACUGAAUGGCUCCAACUCACAGAUCAGUGGCAGCAGCGUAAGCAGCAACGACCUCAAGAGCAGCAGUAGUAUCAACAACAAUAACAACAACAACAACAAUAGCAAUGGUAAUGGCAACAAUGACAAGCAGCUGGCGAUUUUCUUGGAUCCCUCUAGUGACCCCUCGCUCCAGGACUACAUCAACAGCAUCGAGUCCGAGUUGGUCUGCUUCCACAAUCGAUCUUCGUACAAAGAGGACAUAUUGGGCAUUGGUGUCGAGAUCGUUAGCAAGACUCCUAGAUCCACAAAGAUUGAUGAGAUCAAGACCCAACACGACCUACUAUCACUCGAGGCCUACAAGCAGGGUGUAAGGUCAUCCAUUUGGAAACAAUCAUUCACUCAUUGGUUACCCUUGUAUAUCAAUCAUCAACAUGGACUUAGAGCAUGGGACUUGUUGGAGUCGUCCUUGGCCGCGAUCAUGCAAGCACACUCAUUCAGACCAGAGUUGGCCAAGCGAUUCAUCUGUAUUGCCAUGAACACAGCAUGUGUCUGCAUCAUGAAUGAGACCCUACAUGCCUCAAUCAAGCAUUUGGAAGGAUAUUGCCUGUUCCAUCAAUUAUUCCUGGCCUUUGUCAAGAGGUAUCCAGACAUGCUGAUCGAUAUUAAUAAGGAGAUUUAUGACUUUAUACAUACACCAGCCAAGCGAUUCAAGAAGGAGACACCAGCAUUGGGCGAGUUCCUACCGCUGCUGACAGUCUCUGACUACAAAUGGUCUGAAGUGGCCAACGCCUAUCUGGAGGAGAACUUUGAUCGCAACGUAAUGUGGAUAAUCAGACGUAGUGCUCCAUACGGUGCGACUGAACCCAAUCCAGUGUUUGACGCCAGCAGACCAACAAUCGCAUUUGAGACGUCGAUUGUGUCCAUCCGUCUGCUCAUGUUCCACGUCUACUUCCUCCAACAUGUCGCUCGUCCCGAAGGCUCCACGCUAGACUCCAUCAGCGAUCAAUACAACCGACUCUUUGGCAAACCGUUGCCACAUGUCAGGGACAACCUUCAGAAGGCUGUCACACAUAUCAAGGCUGUCAAGACAUGGGAUGAAUACUUCUCAAAGAUUGGUGUGACACCUCCACUCACUCCAGACUUGAUUGAAUGGCUACGUCGUUCGGUAUCAAACUCGAUCAAUAAGGGAUACCAUCGCGGAUCAGGCGCCGAGAAGAGGCCAAAGAAGGAGUAUGAGAGCAAGAAGGGCAAGAGGAUCAACUCUCCACCAAUCAGCCAGUACACAGAGGAUGACGACUCUCCUUACAACAUCGACAUCUUCUCUCCCUCCGACACACCUCUGUCACCUCAGACCAACAUGCUCCUAUCCCCAGAGAUACAGAUCAACUCCAAGUAUCCUCUCAGUCCCAGGAAUGACAGCAACAACAACAUCAACAAUCACCACUCGCCCAACGGACAAUACCAAGUCAAUCCACCAAUCUACUAUCUCCCUACCUAUCCCGUGCCCGAGAUACGACAGCCAAUGUCCUACCGCGACAGCCUGGUCUAUGGCAAUCAAGGACUUUACUAUGGCCACGAACCCACGCCCUACAAUCACACCUUUAACUUCAACUAUAGAUCAAGCAACGCAUACGAUGGAUACAACAGCAACGGCGGUGGCAGCAGUAGUAGCAGUGGAAGUGGAUAUUACAUGGACCAGCCGGACGCCUACUCCUCCUCAUCUUCCUCACCUGGCCAGCCCUACAGACCACCACAUAUGAGAGGUCCAUCGUCACCAAAUCCACCAACUCCCGCUAUUACCCUGACAACAACAUCGCCAACGUCCAACAACAACAAGAGGUCCAGCAGCAACAACAAGAGCAAGCUGAUAUGUAAAUACUUUGCAAGUGGAAAGUGUACAUAUGGUGACAGAUGCAAGAUGACGCACAUCCAAUAA